AUGUGGCGGCGCUGGGUAAAGGCUGGAGGUGAUGGUGGUGGCGAUGGAGAUGCUGGAAGCUGCGAUAGGGCUAGGGUUCGGUGCGUGGAAGAGGGUGAUGAAGAUGGCAGAUUGGCGGCGACACUAAGCUCGGGCCCGGCAGAAGUGGCUCACCAAGAAAAAAGCUCGACGACUCUGGACCUGAUGGGGAAGGAGAGGAUAGAGGGAGGAGGUUGGACGCGAGACCUUAACCUUCUUGCUCCCGUCUUUCCUUCUCCGCUUACAACGCAAGACGGUGGAAAGUUGCUUCCUCUUAUGGCGGUUCAGAUCACUGUCCUACCCAACUAUGGCUUCAGCAUGUGCGUCGGCUUUAAUCACGUUGUUGCGGACGGAAGAGCCUUUCAUCAUUUCAUCAAGUUCUGGGCUUCCGUUUGUAGGACAAGAGGUGAAGACAUGGAAUCCGUUAAAGAAUCUCUUCAACUGCCACUACACAACAGAGACGCCAUCGAAGACUGGAGAGGGCUAAAGCUCGUUUUCUUGGAGGAACUUUCAAGUUCUUUUACGAAGAUCGUGAAGUCUUUUGGCAUACUUGUUGAUAUUCCCAGUAACAAGGUUCGCUUUACGUUUACCCUGAGCCGUGAGCAGGUGGAGAAAAUCAAGAAAUGGAUAUACCUUGAAUGCAAAAAAAGGGAUUAA